AUGGAAGUGAAGGUGUUUUCUGAUCCUAACCUGGAGUUCACGAUGGUCCGAGCCAGGGGCGACACCCACAUGGUUCUCCGCAACGUGCUGCUGGGGUACUCCCCUGAACGACUGCGGAGCACUCUUCUGGCUGGCACGACCGACGUUGGGCAGCCUUGGCUCUCGGAUAUCCGCCUGUUUCAUCGUCUCAAAGACCCGUAUGAUGACUAUGCGUACUCCCAGCUGCUCGGUCUGCCUGUGGCUGCUGAAGGUGACGUCGGUUUCGAACGUAUCCCCGCGUUUCUCUGGCUUCCGGGCCAGGAGGACCCUGUGCUCCUCAACAUCUCGUCCCACUCAUGCUCCUGGACCCACGACGUCGAGGUCUGGACGUGCUCUCUGUGCGACUUCGACUGUGGCUUGGCGUUGGACAGCGCUAUGUACCACAUUGCCUCAGAGAUUCACCGCAAGCGCCUGCAGGAAUCGGCGCAUCUGCCUGCUGUCAAGGAGAAAUACGGAGCCUGGAGGGUCUCCACGCCGCUGCAGCACCCCCGUAUCAGUGCAUUCCUGCAGUAG